GCGGGGACCGUGUGCGCCCCGAGCGCAGCACAAUAGCCGGGAGGAGGAGACAGGGAAAGGGGCAGGGGGAGAGGAGGAGAGAGAAAGAGAAAGCACAACACGGGGGCUGGCGAGGGAGCGCGGAGCGGAGGGCUCCGGAGCGUGGCCGCGCUGAGGACCGUGCCCAGGACGGCGGCGACAGGAGGUGGGUGGGGGGCGAUAUUUACCUUCCCUCCCCCGCCCCGAGCCCGCUCCUUUGUCCACGCGCUUUGAAGUGCUGGGGGAUCGCCGGGGUGGGAGCAUUGUUGUUCGCCAGCUAACGAUCAGUCAUGCCGGGGAGAGAGUAGCGAGUGUACGCGGGGCUGGGGCCGGCAGAAGCAGAAGGAGACGGGGAGGAGAGACGAUUGCGAGAGAGGAUCGCUGCCUGCCUCCCAGUGCCCUGCAUGGACCGCGAAAGAGACGCGCUGAGUUGACCCUGCCCGAGCUGUUUCUGCUUCUACAUGUGAGAUCCGGUUGGUUUUUUCUUUCCACCUUUCUCUCCAGCCUCCUUCUCGUAUUCUCCACGUACUCCCGUAUGCAAAAUGGUGGACCCUGUGGGGUUUGUAGAGGCUUGGAAAGCACAGUUUGCAGACUCUGAGCCUCCUAAGAUGGAGCUGAAAUCUGUAGGAGACAUUGAACAGGAACUGGAGAUGUGCAAAGCAUCUAUCCGGAGACUGGAGAUGGAGGUUAAUAAGGAGAGGUUCCGCAUGAUUUACCUGCAGACUCUUCUGGCAAAGGAGAAAAAAAGCUAUGAUAGACAGAGAUGGGGUUUUAAACGUGUUUCUCAGUUGCCUGAAGGGGGUGCAGAGCAGCAGAUCCAGGACCUGCAUCAUCAGCAGGCUGCUGACCAAGACGAAUAUGAAAAAAGCAAGUCACAUCAUGGGGAGGAAAAGUUCAAACCCAGGAUACCCUCUAUGCGGAAACUGUCUACCCAGAGUGAUGGGUCAGACCUGUCACCUUUGGACAGCCCCCACCACGGGGAAGGAGAGCAGGACAGGUGCAAGUACUAUGGUGAAGAGAAACUGAAGAGAGUUGUGGAAGACAUGGAGAAUCGCUGUGAUACUGAUGGCUCUCCUUCAAAACACAGAUCAGCUUCCACUCGCAGACUGGUGGGAUCUGCUGAGAAGGAGGGAUCAUUUGAACCUAAGGAGAGAGGGAACAGCACCAGUGUGGCAGCCCUAAGGUCCAAUUUUGAGAGAAUGAAAAAGGUUAAUUCACAUUCUUCUGGUGAUAACAAGGAUGUUGUUGAAAAGCCUUUUUAUGUGAACAUGGAGUAUCACCAUGAGAAGGGUCUUGUAAAGGUCAAUGAUAAAGAUGUUUCUGACAAAAUAAGCUCCCUUGGUAGCCAAGCCAUGCAAAUGGAACGCAAAAAGUCUUUGCACUCCCUCCCUUCUAGCAUGGUACCCAGCUUCAGUGAGUUCCAGAGGCCUGCCUACAGGGGAAGGUCCUCAGAGAGCAGCUUUGGCUAUGAUGGAGAAUAUGAGGAUGCUGAACUGAACCCCAAGUUUCUUAAAGAUAAUCUGAUUAAUGCCAAUGGCAGCAGCCGCUCACCUUGGCAGCCCAUGGACUUUCAGCCCUAUCAGAGUAUCUAUGUUGGUGGAAUGAUGGGAGAAGGAGAAGGAAAAGGACCUAUUCUGCGAAAUCAGGGCCCACCUGACCAGGAAAAACAUCUCACGUGGCCCAGGAGAUCUUAUUCCCCCAGGAGUUUUGAAGAUAUUGGAGGAGGAUACACUCCUGAUUGUAGCUCUAAUGAGAACCUUACCUCCAGUGAGGAAGACUUCUCCUCAGGACAGUCCAGCCAUGUCUCCCCCAGCCCCACCACGUACCGCAUGUAUCAGGAUAAAAGCCGCUCCCCCUCCCAGAACUCCCAGCAAUCCUUUGACAGCAGCAGCCCUCCAACCCCCCAGUCUCAAAAGCGGCACCGGCAGCAGCAGGUCAUCGUGUCUGAGGCCACUAUUGUGGGUGUACGGAAAACAGGACAGAUCUGGCCGAGUGAUGGAGAUCUGCCCUCUGCAAGAUGUCACCAGGACAGCUGUUACCACGGGGAUACAGAUGCCCCGUUCGGGGGGACCCCUCCGGGCUACGCCUUCGACGCUGAGCGCGCCGAGGAGCAGCGGCGGCACCAUGACAUGAUGCCCUACAUCGACGACUCGCCCUCCUCCUCGCCCCACCUCAGCUCCAAGAGCCGCGGCAGCCGCGACACGCUGUCCUCGGGCUCCCUGGAAUCCACCAAAUCUAGUGAGCCAGACCUGGAGAAGGGCCUGGAGAUGAGAAAAUGGGUCCUGUCAGGAAUCCUAGCCAGUGAGGAAACCUAUCUGAGCCACCUGGAGGCCCUGCUGCUGCCUAUGAAGCCUUUGAAAGCUGCUGCCACCACCUCCCAGCCUGUGCUGACCAGUCAGCAGAUUGAGACAAUAUUCUUCAAAGUGCCUGAGCUCUAUGAGAUCCACAAAGAAUUCUAUGAUGGGCUCUUUCCCCGAGUGCAGCAGUGGAGUCACCAGCAACGUGUAGGGGACCUCUUCCAAAAGCUGGCCAGCCAGCUGGGAGUGUACCGGGCCUUUGUGGAUAACUAUGAGGUUGCUAUGGAGACAGCAGAGAAAUGCUGCCAAGCCAAUGCUCAGUUUGCUGAAAUCUCUGAGAAUCUAAAGGCCAGAAGCACAAAGGAAUCUAAAGAUCAGACAACGAAAAAUUCCUUGGAAACUCUGUUGUACAAGCCAGUGGAUCGAGUGACCCGCAGCACACUUGUCCUGCAUGAUUUGCUCAAGCACACUCCUGUGAGCCACCCUGACCAUCCCCUGCUGCAGGAUGCUCUGCGGAUCUCGCAGAACUUCCUCUCCAGCAUCAACGAGGAGAUCACGCCUCGCCGGCAAUCCAUGACUGUAAAGAAAGGGGAGCACCGGCAGCUGCUGAAGGACAGUUUCAUGGUGGAGCUGGUGGAAGGGGCUCGCAAGCUGCGCCAUGUCUUUCUUUUCACUGACCUCUUCCUGUGUGCCAAGCUCAAGAAGCAGAUUGGAGGAAAAAGCCAACAAUAUGACUGCAAGUGGUACAUCCCACUCACUGACCUCAGCUUCCAAAUGGUGGAUGAGUCUGAGGCAGUGCCCAAUAUCCCACUGGUACCUGAUGAGGAGCUGGAUGCCAUGAAGAUCAAGAUAUCCCAGAUCAAGAACGACAUCCAGCGGGAAAAGAGAGCCAAUAAAGGCAGCAAGGUCAUUGAGAGGUUGAAAAAGAAGCUGUCGGAGCAGGAAUCCCUCCUCCUGCUGAUGUCUCCCAGCAUGGCCUUCCGGGUGCACAAUCGCAACGGCAAGAGUUACACAUUCCUCAUUUCAUCGGACUAUGAAAGGGCAGAGUGGAGGGAGAAUAUCCGGGAACAGCAGAAGAAAUGCUUUAAAAGCUUCUCACUCACAUCGGUGGAGCUCCAGAUGCUGACAAACUCCUGUGUGAAGCUUCAGACAGUGCACAACAUUCCCCUCACUAUCAAUAAGGAAGAUGAUGAAUCCCCAGGUCUCUAUGGAUUCCUGAAUGUCAUUGUCCACUCUGCCACAGGAUUCAAGCAAAGCUCAAAUUUGUAUUGCACGUUAGAGGUGGAUUCUUUUGGGUAUUUUGUGAACAAGGCCAAAACUAGAGUUUACAGAGACACCACAGAGCCCAACUGGAACGAGGAGUUUGAGAUUGAGCUGGAGGGCUCCCAGACACUGCGGAUUCUGUGCUAUGAAAAGUGCUACAACAAAACCAAGCUCACCAAAGAGGAUGGAGAGAGCACAGAUCGCAUCAUGGGGAAAGGACAGAUCCAGCUGGACCCGCAGGCACUGCAGGACAAAGAUUGGCAGCGCACAGUCAUCUCAAUGAAUGGGGUGGAAGUGAAGCUGUCAGUGAAGUUCACCAGUCGGGAGUUCAGCCUGAAGAGGAUGCCGUCCCGCAAGCAGACGGGCGUGUUUGGGGUCAAGAUUGCUAUUGUCACCAAGAGGGAGAGGUCGAAGGUGCCGUACAUCGUGCGGCAGUGCGUGGAGGAGAUCGAGCGGCGCGGGAUGGAGGAGGUGGGCAUCUACCGCGUCUCUGGAGUCGCAACCGACAUCCAGGCUUUGAAAGCUGCCUUUGAUGUCAAUAACAAGGAUGUGUCAGUGAUGAUGAGUGAGAUGGACGUUAAUGCCAUUGCAGGCACCCUCAAGCUGUACUUCCGGGAGCUGCCAGAGCCCCUCUUCACAGAUGAGCUGUACCCCAACUUUGCUGAAGGCAUCGCACUUUCAGAUCCUGUUGCAAAGGAGAGCUGUAUGUUGAAUCUGUUGCUAUCACUUCCAGAACCCAACCUUGUGACAUUCCUUUUCCUUCUGGACCAUUUAAAAAGGGUUGCUGAGAGGGAAAGUGUCAACAAGAUGUCCCUGCAUAAUCUUGCCACUGUCUUUGGACCAACACUGCUCAGACCUUCGGAGAAGGACAGUAAAAUCCCUGCUAACCCAACCCAGCCCAUCACCAUGACUGACAGCUGGUCACUAGAAGUCAUGUCCCAGGUUCAAGUUCUUCUGUACUUCCUGCAACUAGAGACUAUCCCUACCCCAGACAGCAAGAGGCAAAGCAUUCUCUUUUCUACAGAGGUGUAGGUGCCUGCGGUACCAACAGGACACAAACUGCUUUUGGCAUAACUCUGUCACCCUGGGAAGAAGAUGACUGGUGUUUCCUCAGACUGGCCUGUUCCUGUGCUGGGGAAUUCUGGCCCUCAGUGCUUCUGCAGUUUGUUACAAGCUGGAGAGAAUGGAGAAAAACCUCCUUGUGCUGGUAGAACCAGAACUGACCAGAGAUGGAGCUGUGCGGAAUCUCCACUAGAAGGAGCAAUAGACACUUGGACAAAUGCACCACAGAAUGUGGUGAUUAUUCUUGUUAGGAAUGUGACAGAAGGUAUUCCUCAUUUUAUGGAUUUAAUUUAUCAUAAAGAAACUUCAAGAUUUCUACUGGACCACUUGAUAGGACACCCCUUUUUGGGAGAGGGGACGUAAAGGAUAUAUCACAACUGUGUCUUUAAUAACUGCUGUUUUUCAAGUACUGUUUGAGGCCACAAAAAUAGCAUUGCUUUGCAAGAGGAAGGAGAAGAGAAGGGUCUGGGAUCUAAAAUUCUCUCCACAGAAAUUCAAGUCUUGAUUUGAAUAUGGUUCUAAAGAAAUCAAAGAGUUUAAUGUACAGCUAGAACUGUUGUCUGGUUGGGGGCUGGGCUUUUUAUUUUGUUUGUAUGGUUUUUUGGCUCACCCAGCCCUUCCCAUAGAAAUGUUUGUACACCCCAGGGAAGGAGAUGCCCUGCUCUUGCCUAUGUUGCACUUCUGAUGGGUUUUGUUGGGUUGAGGCAGACUCAACAAAAUUAAAUAAAUAAAUACAGUAAAUGAAAGAGAGGCAGGGAGAAUAACAGUUAGUGAUUCUGUUGUUCAUUUGCUUAUAAAAGCAGGGGCACUAUUAUCCAGGAAGGAUUGCUAAAUUCCUUAUACCCCACCAAACUUAAUGAAAAUUAAUUGGGAACACUAUUGAUAUCCAACACUCCAAAGAAAACACAUUAUCUCUGCAAAAGUAAUUAAAGAAUUUGUGGAUUAAAAAAAAAAAAAAAAUCAACAGCUCUCAGUUUGGCUGGCUGCUUACUCCAGACUUUUAUCAGAACACCUUUUUCUUUUGACACUUGAAUUUUUGGAGGCUUUGUACAUUGUUUCUACAAGAGUCUUUUUCUGAUAGAUACAAACACUCUGAAAAAAUGCCAGAAUGUACUUUAUGGACAAUCUAGCAAGUAGCAUGCAUUGUGGAUUCUCCAGAAAUUCCAACUCUGUUUUAAUUAAGAGCAGUGGAGAAAUUUCUGUGGAACUCCAUCUAGCAGUACAAAAGAUCUGCCCAAACACCAAUUUUGAAUUUCCCUCCCUAAAUCAGUUGAAGCUACAGAGGUGGAAAAGUCAGCAGGAUUUGUCCAGGGAAUUGAAACUGCAGAAUCUAAUUGCUGGUAUGCAGAGCCAGUAUUCUGGCUCUGAAGCAGGUGUGCCAAACAUCCUGGGGGUGGGAGCGAUGUCAUUGUCCUAAACUCUUCCAGCCCCUGCCACUCCUACCCAGCUAUGCAGCACCCAUUUAGUGGCAUCUGUCCAUCAUCAUCCUGGCAAGAAGUACAGCUGGAAGAUAAGGGAAGGGAUAGGCACAAAAAGGGGAGGGAGGGACAGAUGUUGAAAGAUUGGUAGGGUCAGGUUGUCAACAUCAUUUGCAGAGAAAAAUGACACAGAAAGCAACUCCGCUUGUGCUGAAUUGCACAUUUUCUGAUGGGUGAUCUGCAAACUCUCAAUUAAAAAAAAAAAUAGCAAAGGAGUGUUUCAAGCAAAUAGAAUAAAAUUAAAGGGAAAUGAUUUUGUAGUCACUGUAAUUCUGACUGCUGCAGAAUAUUAGAAAUUAUUGUACUGUGAAGUUGCGAAAUCAGAGAGGAACAAAUAUAAAUUUCAAUUUUGUGAGUAUAUCAAUAUUUUGCAUGCUUUGUAAGGAUUCUUAUAGGAAUUUAAUAUUGCUUAGUAUCCCUCCCUCCUUAGGUCUGGGAGCAAACCUCUUUGUAAUGUAAUGUACAACUAGAAAUUCCUUCUCUCUUGUAUGUAUUUCCACGACAUUCCAACUUCUGAACCCGCAAAAAAGAAAAAACUGUCUGUAGUAGGAAGUGCUUUUUGGGGGAGGGAGGGAAUGAAGGCAAGGAAACUUGAAGGCUUAAGAUUUUGAUUUUUAAAUUUUUAUAUUCAUUUUUUGCCUGUUUGAAGGUAAAAAUUGGUCACGAUCCUGCAAAACCAUUGACUUGAGCCAUGUGGUGCAGAGCAGUAAAGCAUUCUCUGUGCUUGUUUCUCUGUAUUUGUUCUCCCUUUUCCCCAGCAGCUCUCCAGCAAUCCUUGCAUUCCUGCCUGCUCCCACCUGGGGGGAUGGACCUGAGGCAGGAGCACUGCUGGUGACUUCAUGGAAAAGGGAGAAAAGCCAAGCUACACCUGGUGCUGGGUGAUAGCCUUUUCCUUUGGGUGUUUGCAAUCUGUGGCUGCUCCUUGCAGUGUUGAAACUGGAAAGUAAUACCAUAAUGACUGUGCCAAUUUACUUUUGCCCAACUUUUUAAUUUUUAUUUAUAUAGGAAGUUAAUUUUAAUAUUAGAUUACAGAUCUAUAGUAUGUAACCAUAAGAAAAUUGCUUUUGCUUUGGUUACUGUGACAGGUUGUUGCUGUCAGUCUCUCAUUACAAUGCUCAGUUCUAAUGUAAUGUUAUCUAACAUGCAGGCAUGUGGAUCAGGGAAAAAAAGUUAAUUUAACUUAACCCAUUAAUUAUUUCUGUUAAGUAUGAAUAUGUUUUCCCCAAAGCUGGUAAUUUUGGGCUGGAAAAGAUAGUGGAUCAUAUUGCUGAUGAUGAAAUAAUGGACUGAUUUGAAAUACGAGAAUUGAUUUCUUGAAUUUCCUUUAAUUUUGCAAUUCAUUUUUUUUUCCAAUAGUCUUAUGUUUUCAGAAAUUAAGUAUUUCCAAAAAGCUUUUAUGUUUUUUUCCCAGGGAUGUUGGUUGGGUUUUUUUGUUUGUUUGGAGGGGGUUUUUUGUGUUUUGACUUAAUUUUUUUUUUUUUAAUAAGCCUUAUUGUACUUAGACAAAAAGAGAAAUGCAAAACUUGGCUUCAGAAAAGGCCUUCUGAUUUCUCCUCUUAUACAUUCCCUUGAGUUGUGUCAGAAAAUUGAACUCUUUAAUUUUCUAUGUGAAAUGGUACAAUAUAAACAACACAAGAGCAAACUAGCAAGAAGUUACCCUUUAUGUGUGCACUGGGAGAUUUUGCUCCUUCAGUUUCUGAUGUAUUGGAGAGACUUUUCUACAAAUGUCACUUUCAGGAACAGGAAUCUGAAAUGUUUAAAUUUUCAGCUAAGGAAGUUCAGGUGAUUAUCAUAGUCUGUGUCUCUCCAGUUUAAGGAGGGGAAUAAGCAUCAGUUUCUUGGCAUUUAGAAACUACCUUAAAAUUCUUGUGGGUUUUUUUAACACUGAAUAGGUUUUUAAGUAAAAUUUUUAAAAGUUAAGUAAGUGAAGGGAAAAGUUUUCAAAGGUGGACAAAAAAUAACAGUUACUAGCUCAGAGUCAGCUUUGUGUUUGUGUGUGCUUUGUAUAGGAGGGAAAUGUCAAAAACCAAAUUGAAAUACAUCCAUUCAAAUGCUGCUGGUGUUCUUUAUUCUUGCACAUUUUUAACAAGUUGAGGCAGUAGCUGAGCUAUUUCAGGCUGUAUUUUAAUGCUGCUAUUUUUCAGUGUAUAGCUAAGGGCAGAAUCCAGCAGUGGGGUGCCCGUCCUUGCCAGUGCCCACUGCCCGCCUCGGCUCCGGCAGCGCGCGGCCCUCGUGCUGUUGGCCCUGAGCUGGUGGAACCACAGAGGAUAUUUAUGGGAGGUGCAGGAUUUUUACAGUUUAUUCGUUUUACCUGUUUAAAACUGUUUUAUGGUCGUUCCUGUUAGUUUUCUAUGAGUUUAUUUAAACAAAUGGAUUGUUCCUUAAGGCAGACCUGGAUCUCCAGAUUAGUUUGUCACCUGUGUUACACUGGAAGGCAUCACGAUGUGUUCAUUCACCUUAAUGUGCCGUUCUUUCAAGUGUCUAUAAAAUAUAAACUGACCAAUGUGGUUUUAAAAAUGUUCAAAGUCUGAUGGCAAAACCCCAACCUUCUCCGAUUCCUCACUAGGUAAUCCUUUUGUUUCAGUGCUUGGUCACCUACUGGGAUAAUUUUACCAGAUGUGGCAUUCUUCUUAUGGAAGUUUUAGUAUAAAAUGGGAAAUGUUUUAGGAAAAAAACUUCCCCUUUCUGUUUUUACUUUAAUUCAAGAUGACAGGGACUUGUAAUAACAAAAGACCAAUACAUUUGUGCAGGAACUUGGGGGGAUUUGCUUCUGUUCCUUGAAGAUGAAAAAUCUGAAAGGGCAAUUCCUAGAUACAAUCAAAUUAAUCAGAUUCUCGUAGAUUGUCACUUGUUUAUGCCCUCUUAAAUUUCUGCUCCAGGGAUGUUUUUCUUUGCAGACUUUGCUAACACUAUCCUACUGCUAAUUAGUGAAAAAUAAACAUGGUACCAUUCCCUCCCUUUAACACAGGGCCUGUACAAAGUGAGAUACUGGAGCCUUGGACUAGUAUUAGCAAUUAUCCAUUCUGAACUAGGAUGAAACAAAUGUUCAAGUGUGUUCUGUGAACUUUCUAAUUGAAUAGAAUUAAAUGCAUGGAUUGCCCUUAAAAUCAACAGGAGCUACAAAGGAAGCACUUACAGUUAAUAGACUGUUCCUUAACAAACAUUAGGGAAUGAAACCAUCACAGAUGGCAAAGGGAAGCAAAAUUAGGAAUUGCUCAAGGUUAUGUUGCUUGGGACUAGAAUGAAGCUCUCAUUUUGAGUUACAGAAGGUGGCUCAUGCCCUAGAUAACUGAGCAAAGGCUCUGUUGCCAGUAAAUAAACAUGAACAUGGGAAUGCCAGGAAUUUAUCUACAGCAGCCUCACAGUUCUGAUGUGCUGCAACCCCUCUUUCUUGCUAGUGAACAUUCACAGUUCAGUGCUAAGAAAGCAAAGCUUAUCACUUGCUCUCUACCAUUUCUCCCUGAGGCAGCAGCUAUAGUGCCUGUUUGUUAAAGUAGGUGAAACGACCACAAGAAAGAAAAAAGCUCCUAAACUCCUAGAACCACAAAGUUGGAACUGUUGUUAAAGCUAGAAGUCUGGUUUUGGGCUGGAAGGAUAAAAUGUCACAACAGCUGUAAUGACAGAGGGGUUGGGGCAGUAGGACCAAAGCAAACCUGAGUGUAUGUGUUGCCUUGAGUCUCCCUUCCGUGACCAUACCAUUAGAUUUAUGCCUCUCGGGUCAAGCAAAUGAAUAAAUGCUCCUUUUGAGAAUUGGAAAAUUACUAAAUUACCUAGUUUGCCUCCACUGUUCAUUCUCUUGUGUUACCAUCUCACAGUGGCAUUGCUGGAGACCUCUGCAAAACAUGCAGCAGUUUUUACAUCAUUUUUUUCCCCCUGCCAUGUUUCAUCUCACAGUGAGACAGACCCUUCCUUUCCCAACAGAACCACUUCACAUCUUUCUGCACUGUAGCAAAUAGCACACUGAGAGGUUCAGUUUGUAGCAGAGCUACAGAGCAGAUAAUUCAAGUAUUUCCAGUCUUCUUAUGCAGAGUGGACUAUGUAGUGCUAAAGUUCUGGGCUCACGCAGGGCUGUAUUGUGAGCUAAGUAAAAUUCUAUCAUUUACAGCUGUUCAAGCAUAUUUGAAAUUAUUAUAAUUACAGAGUGCCCAAGCUUAGCAGAAGUGUUUGCUCUACUGCUUUGUCUUAAUCACAGUCAUGUUCAAAUCCUCUUGUCAAAAAUGGUUCACCAGAAUAGAGAAAGUUUUAUUUUGUGCUAGAGCUUUUGCUUGUGUAACUGCUGUGGUCUUUUCCCCUGUGGUAGGAUGUUCUGAGAAUCUGAGAUAUUCUACGGAUGAGCUUUUUCUCUAAUCUGCAGAAUGAUUUAUACCACAUGGCAUUUUAUAUCCCUGUGGAUGUCCAAAAGGGCAGGCUUGUGUACAAAGCAGCUUCCUGCCUGCAGGGAGGCUCCAGCAGCUUCCUGGAGAUGACCCCGGGCGAGGGUCACAGCGGGUCUGGCCCAGCAGUGAGCAGAGGCCUGGCUGCUGCUUGGGCCCUCCCAUCUCCCUGGGCCAGCUGGAUGAGGCUCAGAAGGCAGCUGUGAGUUCCUUCUUACUGCACCCAACCAAGUCAUCAACUGCUGACCUAGAGUAGCUCAAAAUUCCUCUAUUUUAGUCCCAUUUUGGAAGAAACGGGGGCAAUGCUAAUUUGGGAUUAUACAAAUAGCUGAAAACCAAUCUAUAGCUAAAACCUAUUUCAUAUAUAGUAGAUGGUAAUGUAAAAGCUGCUAUAGCAAAAGGUCCUUUCUCCACAAGAGCCUUUUCAACUCUCUGCCUUCUUUACUGCUUCUUACAGCCUAAAAGAAGUCUUGUCUUGGGUUUCACAGUCACAUACAAAACUUGCAGAAUCCUGGAUUAAAUUUAGCUAUGCAGGGACCAAUGUUUCAGGAGUACUACGAGUGAUUACCAAGGUAGCAAAAAGAGGGCAAGGAGUUGUUGUGUUGGGAUAACUGAAAAGCAUCUCAAUGAAAUAGUGAAUUUAAAAUGAUCUCACAGCAGGACACUGAAAUGUUGUCCUGUCUGUGUCUGUCCAGCAAAAAAACCAAAACAACUCAGCCUUCUCUUGCCUAUGUAAGUUCUGUAGUUUGUUCUUAUCUCUAGUAUUAUAAGUGUUUAUAAUCCAUGAAGAAUUCCAAGGAAAGGAGUUAAGACUAUUUAUUUAAAUAUAAAUACAAUUAAAUUAUAUAAUUAGUCCUAAAUUAUCAGAUGCAGAAGACAAACUUGUUAUUGUUUGGAUAAUUUUGGGUUUCAUCAGAGCUAAUACUGUUGGCAUUAUUUUAAACACUACCGUGUUAGGGAGUCAGUUUUUGACAUUCUAUCCUGCUGUUGGUAGUGCUUCAGUAUCUCAUAGUGCUCAGUUUUGGGGAAAGAAAACCUAAUCCUAAUAGUUUAAUAUGGAAAGGUGUUGAAACCAUACUGCUAAACAUCUCUCAGUUUAGGUCCAAAGAGAAGGGGAAAGGGAAAAAUUGUCAUUUGGAUUUUUUUUUUUUUAACUUUCUGAGACAUGUGUUAUGAAAAAGGGAUCCAAGAACUGUAUUUGGGGGAAAAAUGUCUUAAGGCAUUUGUAGCCUUUCUUUGUACACAAUGUUAAAUAAAAUCUCCUGUAUCUA